AUGCCUAUUUCUCCGCCUACCGCUCCUUCUUCGAGGUACACAACACGCUCCGUGACCUCUUUGUUGAAUGGUGCCAGCUGGUCAAGAGAUGGCAAGCUAUUAGCUAGAAUUUUGGAUAAUUUUACAAUCGAGAGUCGACGGGAUAUGUAUAGUCGUGUCGAGAUUCAUGGGCGCAAUUGUGCCGCGGAAAAGGAAACCCACGUUGUUCGUCUUCGGGAGGUCACCGCAUGUACCGCAAGGCUGGCGAAAAGUAAGCAUAAAGCUGCCUCCGCCUUUCAGAAAAUUCGGAAGACAAGGUCUAAGUCCCGACAGAAGACAUCAGACAACAUGAGCACAACCGCCAAAAUCCAUAGAAGUAAUGGCAGAAUUGGCCCCAUGAAAGCGAGUACUCCUCCUAUGCCACAACCACAACUACAAUUAGCAAGGCGUAGAGCGAACAACGGUAUUUCCAAGAAAGGUCGCACGUACCCCUUCCAACCAGCAGGCCGAGCUGGGAACAAAACGACACGGGAGCGUCAGAACGCAUCCAUGGAUGCAUCGCGGCGGAUAAACACAAUAAGGGGUUUGGGCGCAAUGUACCCCAAACUUAUCAGGCCCCCCCCCCUUCUCAUGCCUCUUACACCUCCCAUCCUCAAGACUCACGAGGUGACCUCCGCCCCUGCUGUAUUUAUGGCGGGACCGGGCAAACCACGUCUCCAAAUUCAACCCCUGCGUUCUGCAACGGAGGAAUUUUAGCCCGUGUAUCCGAGGUGAUUUUUUUUCAUCCUACCCGGCUUGUUUGUUCCUUCUUUCACACCAUUAUUAUGGUUGCUUUGUUGAGCUCAAAUUGAGCGCUGUGGCAUGUGGCGUCUUCUUCUCGAUUCAUGCCAUAUGUGCGCUUUAGUUAUGACCAUUCAUUCCCCUUGUCUCUGUCCCUUCAUUUCGACAUAUCUGGCUCUUCCUUCCCCCUUGGAAUGUUGUCAGGUUUGCCAGUUUCUGUGCUGGAUAUGUUUCAUUGACUUCUACAAUAUUGUUUUGUGAGUUUCUUCUUGCUUUAUUUUCUUUGUCCUGGUUACUUGUUUAAGAACUGCAAGUUUUAGAAUUUGAUUGUGGCGCGCAAGAUUAGGUCUUACCCGUCGCCCUCUUCGAUCUCUUCUCAUAUUGGAGAUUUUUGUCGUUCCUAUGUUUUUCUCUGGAAGAAAUGAUGGCCGCCAUUUAGAUGGGGUAUCCGGGAUGCCCUGAGUUGUGAAAAAGAAUAUUGACAAGAAAAAUGUAGAGCAGUCCUCUCCUCAAUGAAACAAAAUUAUGUUACCUACACUAUACCCGCAAUCAUAAG